AUGGCUCUUGUGACUAGCAAAGGAGUCUUAUCUUCAUCUUCAUCUUCCUCUUUCACCCACAAACUCAAAAACUUUGAUGUCUUCUUGAAUUUCAGAGGUGAAGAUACCCGUCUUGGUUUUAUAGGCCAUUUGUAUAAUGCUUUGUGUCAACAGGGUAUCAACGCCUUUAUUGAUGAUAACUUUCAAAGGGGAGAAGAAAUUUCUAUAGGACUUCUCAAAAUCAUUGAAAGUUCAAGGAUUUCAAUAAUUGUAUUCUCUGAAAACUAUGCGUCCUCCACAUGGUGCUUGGAUGAACUUGCCAAGAUUGUAGAGUGUAAGAAGAAUGGCCAAUUAGUGCGACCGGUUUUUUACAACGUAGAUCCAUCAGAAGUUCGUAACCAAAUAGGAAAGUUUGGAGAAGCAUUAUCUAAACAUGAAGAAAAAAUGAAGGAUAACAAGAAGCUGCACAGUUGGAGGGAAGCUUUACAUGAAGCUGCCAAUAUAUCUGGUUGGCAUUACAAGCACGGCAAAUGGGUAGAGAGAUUGUCCGACAGGAAUCACCCCAAAAACCCGAACUACGUAGUAGAUUAUGGUAUUAUGAGGAUGCUUUUGAAGUACUAAUGGAAAAUAAGGGAUCAAAUAACAUUCGAGGCAUGAUGAUAGUCCCGCCUGAACCAACAAAGUUGCAAAUAGAAGCUAAUUGUUUUGAAAAGAUGAAAAAUCUCAAGUUCCUUAUGGUUGGUAAUGUGGAUAUUUGCAGAGGUCUUGAAUAUCUCCCUAAUGGAUUAAGGGUGCUUGAUUGGCUAUGGUUUCCUUUAUCCUCAUUACCAUCCAAUUUUCAUCCUCAAAACCUUGUUGCACUCAACUUGCCACAAAGUCGGAUUAUAUUGGACAAGCUU